AUGUCUAAAGCAAUCCUGUACGCGCUGUGCAUCGUGUCUACCGUUAGUUUGAAGGUGGUAUUUGAAAACUUUGUUCAACUUUCCGGAUUCGACGUAGUACUAAUGGAUCUACGCGUACGAAAAUUUAACCGCACGAUGACGGUAUUGAACGGAUCGUUCAUAGUACUCAAUCCGUUAAAUGAUUCCCUUCAGCUCACGCUGGAUUUAUUUCACAGUCGGCUCGGAAACCAGCAGUUCAAUCAUUAUCCAAUGAAGCUACCAUCCAGCGGGUGUUGUGCAUUUCUGGACAACUUACAACUCACCUACAAGGAGCAGGUGUCUGUGAUAGAAAACUUACCGGCAAUAGGCGAGUGUCCGGUUUCUCCACGAUACGUCAACAUGAUUAACUUCGCAUUCCCGCAGGAAGUAGUGUCAAUGGUAAUGCCAAGAGGGCUUUGGAAAGCGCUGGUAACCGCAAAACUUGAUGGAAAGGAGUUGGUGAGUUACUAUUUUCUGGUCAAAGGCUAUGAUGAUUUCUAA